AUAAAAAAUUAACAUGCUUAGACACAAACAUAAUAUGCAUUUCUUUUAAAUAUUAUUACAAUUUUUCUGCAGCAUAUUUCCAUCAUGUGCUUUCCCAAUGAACUAAAAGAAAACCCGAAUUAUGAUCAUUUUCAAAGUCAAGCAUGAGGAUUCAGCUUGCCACUAACUCUCCAUGAAUGUAAGAUUGGCUUUGCCAUGUUUACAUUUACAUAAUCGUUAACAUUGAUUGUCCCUUUGUUUUAUAGGGUCUACAGAGGAACAUCCUCCCUUGAAGACAUCCAUUGAAAUGAAAGAAUCUGUUCCAGAGAAAGGAAUAGGAAUGACGAAUAUACAAACAUCCAGAUUAGAAACCAGUUCUCACUAUGUUGCACAGUGUGGUAACAAAGUCCUGGACUCAAGGGAUCCUUCCCCUCCAGCCUCCACAAGUGUUGGUAUUGCAGGCGUGAUCCAUGGUGCUGGGCCCAGAUCAGGGUCUUCUGAGAAACAACCUCCCUCGAAGCCAGCCACUGAAAUGAAAGAAUCUGUUCCAGAGAGAGCACUAGGAACAAAGAACAUACAAAUAUCCAGACCAGAGAUCUUCUCUCCCCUUCCCCUACGAGCUGGUGGCAAAGUCCUCGACUCAAGGCAUCCUUCCCCUGUGGCCUCCCUGAGUGCUGAUAUUGUAGGUGGGAUCCAAGGUGCUGGGCCCAGAUCAGGGUCUUCGGAGAAACAACCUCCCUUGAAGCCAACCACUGAAAUAAAAGAAUCCAUUCCAGAGAGAGCACUAGGAACAAAGAACAUACAAACAUCCAGACCAGAGAUCUUCUCUCCCCUUCCCCUACGAGCUGGUGGCAAAGUCCUGGACUCAAGGCGUCCUUCCCCUGUGGCCUCCGUGAGUGCUGAUAUUGUAGGCGGGAUCCAAGGUGCUGGGCCCAGAUCAGGGUCCUGUGAGAAACAAACUCCCUUGAAGCCAACCACUGAAAUGAAAGAAUCUGUUCCAGAGAAAGCACUAGGAACAAAGAACAUACAAACAUCCAGACCAGAGAUCUUCUCUCCCCUUCCCCUACGAGCUGGUGGCAAAGUCCUCGACUCAAGGCGUCCUUCCCCUGUGGCCUCCCUGAGUGCUGAUAUUGUAGGUGGGAUCCAAGGUGCUGGGCCCAGAUCAGGGUAUUCUGAGAAACAACCUCCCUUUAAGCUAACCACUGAAAUGAAAGAAUCUGUUCCAGAGAGAGCACUAGGAACAAAGGACAUACAAACAUCCAGACCAGAUAUCUUCUCUCCCCUUCCCCUACGAGCUGGUGGCAAAGUCCUCCACUCAAGGCAUCCUUCCCCUGUGGCCUCCCUGAGUGCUGAUAUUGUAGGUGGGAUCCAAGGUGCUGGGCCCAGAUCAGGGUAUUCUGAGAAACAACCUCCCUUUAAGCUAACCACUGAAAUGAAAGAAUCUGUUCCAGAGAGAGCACUAGGAACAAAGGACAUACAAACAUCCAGACCAGAUAUCUUCUCUCCCCUCCUCCCACGAGCUGGUGGCAAAGUCCUCCACUCAAGGCAUUCUUCCCCUGUGGCCUCCCUGAGUGCUGAUAUUGUAGGUGGGAUCCAAGGUGCUGGGCCCAGAUCAGGGUCUUCUGAGAAACAACCUCCCUUGAAGCCAAUCUCUGAAAUGCAAGAAUCUGUUCCAGAGAGAGCUUUAGAAACAAAGAACAUACAAUCAUCCAGACCAGAAACCUGGUCUUGCUAUGUGCCAUCAACUGGGGCAAAAGUCAUGGACUCAAGGCAUCCUUUCCCCGUGGCCUCCCCGAGUGCUGGUUUUGUAGGUGGGAUCCAUGGUGCUGGGCCCAGAUCAGGGUCUUCUGAGAAACAACCUUCUUUGAAGCCAACCACUGAAAUGAAAGAAUCUGUUCCAGAGAAAGCACUAGGAACGAAGGACUUACAAACAUCCAGACCAGAGACUUGCUUUCGCCUUGUCCCACAAGCUGGUGACAAAGUCCUGGACUCAAGGCAUUCUUCCCCUGUGGCCUCCCUGAGUGCUGAUAUUGUAGGCGGGAUCCAAGGUGCUGGGCCCAGAUCAGGGGUCCCUUUGUUGAAUCCUCGGGAUUUUCCAGGGUUUCCUGAGAAACAACUUCCCCUGAAGCCAACCACUGAAAUUAAAGAAUCUGUUCCAGAGAGAGCAAUAGGAACAAAGAAUGUGCAAAUAUCCAGACCAGAUACCUGCUCUCGCCUUGUCCCACAAGCUGGUGACAAAGUCUUGGAAUCAAGGCAUUCUUCUCCCGUGGUCUUGCCGAGUGCUGGUUUUGUAGGCAGUAUCCAUGAUGCUGGGCCUAGAUCAGGGGCUUCUGAGAAACAACCUCCCUUAAAGCCAACCACUGAAAUUAAAGAAUCUGUUCCAGAGAGAGCACUAGAAACAAAGAACAUGCAAAUAUCGAGAUCAGCUGGUGGCAAAGUCCUCGACUCAAGGCCUCAAAGUCCUGUGGACUCGCCGAGUACUGGUUUUGUAGUCGGGAUCCAAGGUGCUGGGCCCAGAUCAGAGUCUUCUGACAAACAACCUCCCUUGAAGCCAAUCUCUGAAAUGCAAGAAUCUGUUCCAGAGAGAGCACUAGAAACAAAGAACAUACAAUCAUCCAGACCAGAGACCCGCUCUCUCCUUGUUUCACAAGCUGGUGACAAAGUCCUGGACUCAAGGCAUCCUUCCCCCGGGGCCUCCCUGAGUGCUGGUUUUGUAGGAGGGAUCCAGGGUGCUGGGACCAGAUCAGGGGCUUCUGAGAAACAACCUCCCUUGAAGCCAACCACUGAAAUUAAAGAAUCUGUUCCAGAGAGAGCACUAGGAAGAAAGAGCAUACAAACUUUCAGACUAGAAACCUGGUCUCGGCAUGGCUUACAAGCUGGUGAGAAAGGCCUGGAGCCAAGGCAUCCUUCCCCUGUGGCCUACCCCAGUGCUGGUUUUCUCGAUGGGAUCCUCGAUGCUGAGCUCAUAUCAAGGGCUUCUGAGAAACAACUUUCCUUGAAGCCAACCAUUGAAAUUAAAGAAUCUGUUCCAGAGAGAGCACUAGGAACCAAGAACAUACAAACAUCCAGACCAGGGUCUCGCUCUGUUGCCCAGACUGGAAUGCAGUGGCCGCGUCCUUGCUCAGCACAACAUCAAACUCCUGAGGCCUUGCAAUCCUCCUGCAUCAGGCUCCCAAGUUACCGGUGCCUCAGUGACAUUUCUGAAUGCUCAGCAGAACAAGAUAUAGAAUUGACACUAGAGGAAGAGCAACAAAGCCUUGAAGGGAGUGCAAAUAACCAGCCAGAGGCUGAAGGAGGGAAGCAGCAUGAAAGUAAUGAGGUGGAAACAUUAGAAAGUCUACAUGAUGGUGACGCUGAUGACAGUGAUGGUGAUGGAUCAAUUCCACAAAGAAAGAGUCAAACAAUUGAUAAUCAGCAUCUUGCUGAAAAGGACAAUGAAGAGUCUGAUAGUAAUGGUCCUGCCUUGCAUAUGAAAGAAGUAAAGAAAAAUGAAAGUAAACAACAGACAUCAGAAGAAUCUGCAGUGACACCAGUGUUUGAGAAGGCCAGUGUACCAACUGGUGGUCUGCUACCAAUGAAUGAUGUCAGCAGUUUAAGUGACAUAAAUGACAAGGACAGACGGCCUGCAAAGAAAACAUCUUCUGGAAAAAAGAAGGAGAAAAACCAAAUACAUUCUAUGGAUGACCUUGAUGACUUAACUUGCUCAUUUGAAAUAGCCUCAGAGGAUCAUGAACUGCCUUCCUUUAAUUAUGAGAAUUUUACUUUGCUUCUUGAACAACAUGCAAUGCAUUGCAAAGAUUCUGUUAGCUUACUGAAAAUUCAGGAGGCAUUUCUUUCAUGUAAAGGAUUAUUAGAACGUAAAAGAAAUUACUGUGAACAACUUACAAGAAAAAUGAAAACAAUGGAAAACAUAGUUGGUGUCCUACAACAGGAGCUAUCUGAAACAAAAGAAGUCAAAUCACAGUUAGAGCAUCAAAAAGUAGGCUGGGAACAAGAACUCUGCGGUUUGAGAUUUACCUUAGAACAAGAAAAAGAAAAGAGGAGAGAUGAGCGAAAUUAA